AUGGGUAAUAGGUACAACCACAAUCUCCACAACCAAAACCUUCAUCUCCAACACAAGAGCACAUUCUUGCCUAUGUUAUGUUCAAGACCAACCAUCAAAGAUGUGACCCUUCCGAAAUGGGAAGAUCGAUCCAUGUCCAUCUCUAGUACUGACCCUUUAUCUCCGAAGAUCGGUUGCAUGGGGCAGGUCAAGAGAAACAACAAGAUAGUUGGCUUCCCUACUUCUAACAAGCUCACAAUCACCACCAAGAACAACACUAAUGUCAAGUACUCCAAGCUCAAGAGGAUCUUCUCUGGCAAGAAUCUUGCUUGCACCACCACUUCAAUAGCCACUUCUACUGCUCAUAGAAUUAGAAGAGAUGUGAUGAUGAACGGAACAAGUGGACCCAAGAAUAUUGAUGAUAGUAAAGAGAAUUCUGUUUCGGUUAGCAUAGAAAAUAUGGAUCCUCCUUUGCCUGUAAUCAAGAAAGUUCAACAACCAACAGAUGGUGGAGAAGUGAAUAGUCUUUGGAAGAGGAGAUCUGGUGGGCUGGCAUUGAAGAAUUUGCAGAUGCAAGAGAUUCAACUUAGUAGAAAUAAUCUUACACCAACCACUGUUUGA